UGUGGUGCCAUAACUCACCAAAUCUACAAAUCUAAGCCAUGUUUUCUAAUGAUGAACAUAGGAAUGUAAAUACUUAGGAAUGGGUCUAUCAUGAAAUAUACCAAAUUGAUAACUAUGGGACCUGUCUAGAUAAAAGUGGACUAAGCAGAGGAUGGUCAAAGGGAUUUCAGCUUUAUCUGUAUUGCUUUGGACUAUUACAUUUUUUAACAAUGAGAAUGUUUAUAUACAGCCUAGGUCAUUACUAGUAAGCACUAAUAAACACGAAUGCAACAAAGAUUCUAUUAGAAUGCACAAAGUGUCUUUAUCCUGGAUAAGGAUAGUCCCAUCCACCUCACUAUGGUCCAAGGCUUUGGAAGGUGAUCUUUUAAAAAUACAAAUUUUGGGUAUGCAGGCAACUCCUUAUUCCUAUUGAGUGUAUCUUUAUGUGUAUUUAGAGCCUAUUAAAGGACAUUUGCACAACAAGUUUUUAAUACUUAAUAUAUAUCUAAAACUUAGAUCCUUUUCAUCUAUCAGAAUGUAAUAAUUGAGAAAGUACCUGAUGAGUUCUGGUGCCAGGCAUGGGGAAGUAGGCCCAGUGUCACACUAUGCAAUUGAUGAGAGUGUGGACUGGUACAAAAUCAUUGAAGGGCACUUACCAUCUAACAAAAUUGUAAAAACUAAUCUCUUGGACCAAACACUUUCACUGCCAGCCAUUUAUCCUACAUGAUUGUAUAAAAACACAUAUUAGGGGAUCCCUGGGUGGCUCAGCAGUUUGGCGCCUGCCUUUGGCCCAGGGCGCAAUCCUGGAGUCCUGGGAUCAAGUCUCGCAUCAGGCUCCCUAUGAGGAGCCUGCUUCUCCCACUGCCUAUGUCUCUGCCUCUCUCUCUGUGUCUCUCAUGAAUAAAAAAAUAAAAUCUUAAAAAAUAAUAAGAGGAGAAUAAGAAGGAAUGAGGAUUAAAAAGAAGUUGGGAUAGUGAAUAGAAGGAUCAAAUAAGAAUAAAAAGGUCAGCCUGAUUUGUGUGUUCUAUAAACUAGAGUUGUAAGACUUGAAGUGAUUAAAGCUAUAAAGUUUCGGUUAUUGGAAUAUGAUUUGAACUUAGCAUUGCAGAGCACUAUUCUUGAAGCCAAAAUGCCCCUGUUAUCAUAAUGUGUGAUUAGCAAAAAGACAUCUGAUGUAAUGAGCCAAUGUAACAAAAUUCCUCUAGAAGUCAGAAAUGUCAAAUAUCAGUGUCUGACACAUCCCUGUGAUAUCUGUAAAAUGGGAAUAAAGGUAGUAAUAGGCAUGUACUAAUGUAGAUGUUAAUGUAUGGACCAAGUGCCAUGGAAGAAUAACUUCAUUUAGUCCUCAUCAAAUCCUUCAAGGUAGUUGACCUCUAUCCCCAACCUACAGAUGAGAAAGUGGGGGCUCAGUAACAUUGAGUGGCUUAUCUAAGGCACGGCACUUGUAGAUAAGAGAGCUCUCGUGGAAACUCAUACCUACGGGCUCUUCAGAAUGUUUUUCCUGUCAUCCUGCCUCCCUUUGGGGAUAAUUGUACCUACCUCUGUGCUUCAGAGAUUGUCUUGAAUUUCAACAUGGAGAAUUCUGGGCACCCAGGAAUAUGUCUUUUAAAAUGGUACCCUAGUGAUUCUGAUGGAGGAAGUCUAUGAAUUAUAUACUGGGUAACAGUGUUUUAUGUGUUUUGAGGAUAAUAAACCAUGUCAGUCCUACUAAAUAUAAUGGUAAUUGUUAUUAUUGAUUGCUAUGAGAUUUUCUUGGAAAGGACAGGUCAAUUUCAACCUAAAACUCUGAAUGAAUAGUGUGUGUGUGUGUGUGUGUGUGUGUGUGUGUGUGUUUAUUGCAUUUACAGGUGUGCAUGAACUUCAAGCUCCUUGUCAGCGCUCCCAGGCAUGGCCAGCCCUCUUGUGUAGUAGCCUACUCAUGCGGCUGAAUGACUUUUCUAAGAACCAUGUAAGUAGAGGAUGGUCAAAGGGAUCACAGGCUUGCUUUCUCUUCAUUUCUUAGGCAUCAGCAGUAAACGGCUUGGCGUGUGUGGCUGGAUCCUGUUUUCCCUUUCUUUGUUGCUGAUGAUCAUUACUUUCCCCUUCUCCAUAUGGAUGUGCUUAAAGAUCAUUAAGGAGUAUGAACGUGCUGUUGUAUUCCGACUGGGACGCAUCCAGGCUGACAAAGCCAGAGGGCCAGGUUUGAUCCUGGUCUUGCCCUGCAUAGAUGUGUUUGUCAAAGUUGAUCUCCGAACUGUUACUUGCAACAUUCCUCCACAAGAGAUCCUCACCAGAGACUCUGUGACUACUCAGGUGGAUGGAGUCGUCUAUUACAGAAUCUACAGUGCUGUCUCAGCAGUGGCUAAUGUCAACGAUGUCCACCAAGCCACAUUUCUGCUGGCUCAGACUACUCUGAGAAACGUCUUAGGGACACAGACCUUGUCCCAAAUUUUAGCUGGCCGAGAAGAGAUUGCUCAUAGCAUCCAGACCUUACUCGAUGAUGCCACGGAGCUGUGGGGCAUCCGGGUGGCCCGAGUGGAAAUUAAAGAUGUUCGGAUUCCCGUGCAGUUACAGAGGUCCAUGGCGGCUGAGGCUGAGGCCACCCGGGAAGCCAGGGCCAGGGUCCUUGCAGCGGAAGGAGAAAUGAAUGCCUCCAAAUCUCUGAAGGCAGCCUCCGUGGUGCUGGCCGAGUCCCCCAUAGCCCUGCAGUUGCGUUACCUGCAGACUUUGACCACCGUGGCCACCGAGAAGAAUUCCACCAUCGUGUUCCCUCUGCCCAUGAAUAUCCUGGAGGGCAUUGGUGGCAUCAGCUAUGAUAACCAUGAGAAGGUUCCCAAAAGAGCCUGAGGUCCUCCCGCUGUCGCCAGCCAUUGCUUUGGGAGUCCCUUCUAAUUCUCAGGAGAAGCCAGCAGCUAGAAGUGCUGAGAAUCGCAACAUCACAGAAGCAGAGGGACUCGCCGCUGGAAUAGCAUUAGCAGGGAAAAGCCAUAGAGGCUAUUAAAAAAAAAAUGAGGGCUGUGUACUACCUUUAUUAUUCAAGAGCAUUAAACGACUUUGCAUUAUCCUUAUUAGUCAUUAGAUAGCAGGCAUUCCUGAUUAGAGCAGGCGCUUUCUUGCAGUAGGGGGAAAAAAUCUUUGGGUGACCGUGACUAAGAUUUCAGCAUUAUUUUUGAUUGGUUUUAAGAAGCCCUCUAGAUAAUUUAUAAAGUAACAGAGGCCUCCUAUUUCUAUUAGAUACUUGCUUUUUAUAAUGCCCAAGUGACUACUUGCUAAAUCUCCAAUAAUUACAACACCCCCCCACCAUGUUUGAAAGUCUGAUUGAUUUUGGAGUGAAAGACCCAAGCGGCAUUGAGGUUUCCAGCUGCAAACUUACAGCUAGCCCAGGGCAGACUGCACCCAGCUCUCUUGCUGCCUGGCACCCUGCCUGGAGCGGUGGCCUGUGCUCAGCCUCUGGGCACCUUUGUCAGCUGGAGGGAGAGGGCACAGUACUUACAAGUGAGAAUGUUUAUAAUGGGUGCUGUCGGUUGGGAUCACUGGAGAACAUCAUCCCGUGGACUUCAUGUUUUCACCCAUUACCAGUCCUAAGAGCCACCAGUUGUCAAGAAUUGUUUGCAAACUCUAUUCUCUCCCUCGCAAAACCCUCCAAACUGUUGAAAAUAAAGAAGCCAUAGAAUAGAAUACAGAUGUGAUGCAUUUUAAAAAUUGCUUUAUCAGAGGUUUUUUUUUUUUUUUCCUACCAUGGUACAAUUUUCUUUUGAGUUCCAUUUUGAGAGACAGGCUAGGAUUUUUUGUUACCAUUUAUUGCAUGUCUGCUAUGUGUUAACACUGGGCUCAGCCCUUUAUGGAUGCCAAGGGGUAUCUUUAUUUUGCAGAUGAGAAAGUGAUAUCAAGAGGUUGAAUAACCUGCCCAAGAUCCUGCAGCUAGUUUUGGGUUAGGAUUUAAAACUAGGUCUGACUCCAAAGUCCUUGCUCUUAAACAUCAUCCAGGUUUCCUUGGGGGAGGUGGGAGGAGGGCAGGGAUGGGGCUCUUCCCAUUCCCUCUUGUAUUGCAGGUUCUGGAAGCGUAGGUGUCCACUACGGUUUUGCACUGUCUUCAGGAGCGUGAAGACAUGCACGCACAUGUGCACACACACACCCCACCUAUCUCACGCUCCUUUUCACAGUGCCUACAUACUCUCUAGAUAACCCCAGCCUUACAUUCUCCUCCCCCAACGCCCUCAUCUCUGCUCCCCUCCCCUCCCCUAUGUGUUCCCCUCACACACAUCCUGUCAACGUACAGAUACUUGCUACAUGUAAAUGUAAAAUAGGGAUCGCAUUCUACCUUUGGUUUUGUAACUGCUUUUUUCAUGGAACCGUAUCAUACUUGAUAUAAAUUCUAGACAACUCAUGGUUAAUACAUUUUUAGUAGAUUCUACUGACUCUAUAACUCUAGCACUCAACUUUAACUCACUGAGGUUCAUUUUUUUUUUUUCCUUAGAAGCUAAACACUUGCAUUUUAACAAGAACUGGUGAUAGAGACCUAUCAUAGCUCAUCCCCAGCAGCCAGAAUCCGAGUCGAUGAAGCGCAUAGACACAUAGCCAGUGACUGUACAUCUAAUGAAUGGUGGUGCAGGGACUGACCACAGGCUUGGACACCUGUGGCAUUGGGGUCACCUGAGGGGGGCGGCCCUACCUGUACAAGGACAAUUUUUGAGUGCCCUUCCUACUCUGCUUCCAGAAACCCAUACUUCUUUUGUUUUCCACGAUUGCGCUAAAAAUGCAAAACUUCAUGUCAAUGUAUAGCAAACUCUAAACUGGUGGUUCUCCCUGAAGGUCAGAGUUCUCUCACUCAUUAGAUACUCUUUUUUGAAAUGCACAGCCCACUGGCAUCCUCCUAGCGCCAGAAUAGGGCGUGAGAGAGAGCUGUAUCAGAAUCUCUGGGCAGAUGUGGUUUGGAAACUCUCUGGGGGAUUCAAAUUACUCCACUCCUCCGCAUUAAGCCUCAUUAAUUCUUUGGCAUUGUGAUAGGUCAUUUAUUAUAUUGCUUACUAAGGGGCUGACUGAAGAAGUCUCCUUUGAAAGAAAGUAUUUUGGGGGGCAAAUGGCAGAAAAGAAUCAGGGAAGG